AUGGAAGCCUUCUACGGAUCCUGGAAGCUGACCAGCAGUGAGGGCUUUGAUGCCAUUCUGCAGCGUCUGGGUGAGUCGUCGAUCCCUAACCAGUCCCCCUAUCUCUAUCUCUCUUCCCCCCAAUGCACUUACUCUGCUGUUCUCUCUCUGUCUGGCUCUCUCCAAAUCCACAGAUGUUGGACUGGCUGCUCGCACUGCCGCAAACACCCUGCACCCCACAGUGACCAUUGAGAAGUCCGGUGAUGAGGAGUACUCAAUCACCACUGCGAGCACAUUCAAGACCUCCAAGGUGACCUUCAAGCUUGGUGAGGAGUUCGAGGAGAAGACGCAGGACGGUCGUGUUGUGAAGGUGAGUACCCGCCCAACCGCCGCCGCUCUAGUCCACUGUGGUGUCUUUUAGACCACCAUCGUCCUCGACGGAGGUGCGUUGAAGGCGACGCAAGUGGGGGACAAGGUGACGACCCUCAUACGAACGGUGGAGGGCGACUGCAUGAAAAUGGUGAGUUGCCUUGACUACAAGACGACCGACCUUGAGAGCUUUGCAAGGUGUAUAUGCAGAUGUAAGAUGGGUGAGGACUUGAGAGUGUGUGUGUUUGAGAGAUAGAGAGAUGGCCUCCUAAACAGGCUAUGUGUUGGAUGCGUUGGACUAACAGGGGGGCUAUAUCAGAGUUUGGCAGGCGUUUUCAGAUUGCGCACCAUGACAAAUGCCACCAUUUCGGGGAUGUAGUGGCAGAUGUCGUACACACUGGAACCCCUGCGGUCCCACUCCCCAUUGUUGUUCUUGGUCAAAAACCUGGUAAUCUGCUGUGUGGACCAGGGGAUGUGGAGUGGGAUGUCAAGGUGCGGGCUCUACCGUGCCAUCCACCUGCACCCUCCCCUGCCUUCGAUCUUCUUGACUAUGUUUCGACAGCCGACGCAGGUGGGGUUUGGGGAAACGAGAGUGUGGUAGAUGCUGUGCAAGUCGACUAUCACUGUAGACUAAUUCACGCACAAGUCACCGUCCCUGCAUGAAGAUGGCGAGUUGCCUGUGUCCAACGACUACUGUCGGUGUGAGCCUUGCAAGAUUUAUGUCCAGAUUUAAAAUGUUUGGAGGUUUCAGAGGUAAAGGGAGAGAUUGCGGAUGCAUUGGACAUGGACGGACAGGUCGUCAAUCAACCUUUCGAGCAAAUUGGCUAGGAACACCAGAUCUUUUGUCUUCUCAGCGGCUGGCUUUGGAGUCAAGCUUUGAAGCGAGCACGAAGUUCCUGUUCAAACCACUUAACAGUUCUCCCAACACUGGAGUUCAUAUAAGAGAGAAUACACGGGGAAAGUUGGGGGAUCCGCUGAUGAGCCGAACCCCUCGCAGUUGCGUCAGGCAGCGAUAGGAGAUCGGCGAAACCUGCGUGUCUGGUCUUUUUAUUAAUACCUGUGUUGGUGAUACGGUAAAUAAUUACACAAUUCUAUCCUACCGGCUGCCUGUUGGAGGUUGGUGAAUAUUACACGCAGUAGUUAUUUGAUUUCAGCGCAAAUGUUCAUAUCGAAUUCCGGACCGUGCCUGAGACGGUUUCUUCCGAAAGUUUUACUCCAUGUUCGCACAUUAAUUUCCUCGGAAAUUAAACAAGACAAUCCUGAAACGGCUCUAUCUGCGGCGUGGCUUCAAUUCCCUCCUUGAAACUCAGCCCCCAAACUGUAGCGCAAAUAAGACUAACCCCUGUGUUGACUGACUGCAUUUUUUUUUCUUAUAUUUUUCUGUUAGCUGAAACUUACGGAUGACUUCUUUUUCUUGCAUUGUAGACUGUUCAGGUGGAUGAACUGGUUGCCCACAGAUACUACAAGCGCGUCUAG